AUGAAACGACACCCACAACUGAGUGAGCGCACUGCUGAAGGGAUUACAUCUGCUUCCUCAGUUGUUUCCGAAAAUAAUAUAAGAGGAUGGUUCAGAGAUAUUGAGAAGUACCUUAAAGAGAAGGAUCUGUUUUCAAUAUUGGCGGACCCAAGUCGCGUAUUUAAUGGCGAUGAAACAUGUUUUCAGUAUAAUCCAAAAUUGGGAAAGGUCAUUGCACCAAGAGGUAAAAAAAAUGUUUACGAGGUUGAUCUGGGUAAAGCCAAGGAAAAUUUGAUGGCAAUGUUUACAUUUUCUGCCUCAGGUAUAACAACGCCGCCAAUGAUCAUCUACCCAAACAAGAGGCUCAAGUCGGCUGUAGCAAAUGUCAUACCGGAUGAAUGGGCGAUAGGUUUGAGUGAAAAUGGCUGGAUGAAAUCGGAAAUAGUCAUUGAUUACAUACAAAACCAUUUAUAUCCCCAUUUGAAACAAAUUAAUACUAGAUUCCCAAUCAUUCUUUUCGUUGAUGGUCAUAAAUCACACCUAUCUCUGGAGCUGAGUGAGGUUUGUACCAAACUCGAAAUUGUUUUGGUUGCACUAUACCCAAAUUGCACAAGAAUUAUGCAACCAGCUGAUGUAGCCAAUUUUAGACCGCUCAAAAGCUUAUGGAAGAAAUCUGUUCUACAAUGGAGACAUGAAAAUCCUUACUGCCAGUUUGGCAAAGAGCAUUUCGCACCAGUUUUAGAAACUGCGAUAAAUGGACUUAACAAAGAGUCAACCAUUAAUGGAUUCAGAGAUUGUGGCCUUUUCCCAUGGAAUCCAGAUGCUCCGGAUUAUAGUAAAUGCCUAGGGAAAAAAACAAAUAGGGCUGAGAUAUCAGAGAGACAAGAGCAGCUACAAUCCAAUGUUAGUAAUUAUGAAGAUAUAUGGAAUGUUUUCGAUGAACUAUUAGUAAAAAGACUCAAAAAUGGAGCUAUUAGUGGUUGCUGCUCCUCAGACUGCGAGAAUUUCAACAUUUUAUUGAAAAUAUAUAAUAUUCUGGAACGCCAAAAGAAAAAUAAUACAGCCGGUGCGAAAUGUAUUUUCUCUCAGGAGGAGAUCAAUAACAUGCCGGUUGUAUUGCUGGACGAAGAACAACCCACUGAGGUAAAUGGUGACGAACUGCUUAUGAAUUUUACUUAUGACGAUGGUGAUAUGUUGAAUCAAAAUAUUCUUACGGAGAGUGAAUUAGAAACCAUCAACUUAUCAUUAAUGGGAAGUGGUAUUCACGCAGAAAUUGAUAACAUUACCACCGAACCUGCGAGGCAACUAAGUGAUAAUCCACUACAGAAGAGCUCAACUUCAAGUCCAGAGCAUAAUGGUGAAAAUGCCCAUAUUGAAAGAUUUUUAGGUGUGCCAGAAACUCCUGUCAGAAAAGGUACCAGGCAAACUGAACGCGUUAGUUUCGUCAUAUCGUCUUCUGCGUAUAAAAAGAAUCUAGAAGAAAAACACAAGAUUAAAGAAGACAAAGAAAAAAAAAAUGUGAAAACAAAAGAAAACGCACGGAGAGAGCGGAAGAACUAG